AUGGAGGAAUCGGUUCAUGAGAAAGAAGACCCUGCAAAUCCAAGUGAACCAGCGAACAAACUUAUGAUGGUCGCCAUGAUGACUCAAAUGAUGUCUCUUAUGCAGCAGGAGUUUGAAAGCAUGAGAUCUGACAUGGAGAAGAUGGUCUCGGACAAACCAAGAAAGAGCAGUGACCAUUCGACUUCGGAGCAAUACUAUAGCAACUCCUCUAGGGCUCGUUCAUCAAAGAGAAGAGGAAGCGAUAGAGAAGAAAGGAAGCCACGGACUAUUGAUCAUAUGGGCAGCCUCAAGCUCACAAUUCCUGAAUUCAGAGGCACGGCUGAUCCUGAAGAGUAUUUGGAAUGGGAGAAGAAGAUUGAACUUGAACUGUUGCACAAGGCUAUUAUGUUCGAGAAACAGCUCAAGAGAAGAAACUACAAGCCUAGCUAUGGUUCCAACAAGCCAAGUUAUCAGAAGGAUGAGAAAACGAGUUUUCAAAAAGAGUUUAAGCCGUUCUCCAAGUCUAAAAGUGAAGAACAGAGCGUCAAAGGAAAAGAAGUGGUGACUACCUCCAAGAAUAGGGAUAUUCAGUGUUACAAGUGCAAGGGGUAUGGUCACUAUGCGAGUAGCAAGAUAAUGAUCAUUAAAGACAAUGGAGAAGUGGAAACUGAAGAAGAACAAUCCGAUGAUGAGGAACAAAUAGAGAUGCCUGCUCGAGGAGAACUCCUAGUCAUAGACGGCGGUAGUUGCACUAAUGUGGCCAGUGAGUCUAUGGUAGAAAAGUUGGGGUUAAAAGUGAUGAAAAGGUCGAAAGCUUACAAGUUACAAUGGCUGAAUGAGGCAGGAGAAAUGGAGGUCAAAAAUCAAGUUAUGGUGCCAUUAUCGAUAGGCAAAUACAAAGAUGAAAUUCUGUGUGAUGUCUUGCCUAUGGAUGCAGGGUAUAUCUUACUUGGGAGGCCAUGGCAAUCAGAUAGAAGGGUUAUGCACGAUGGCUUCAACAACUGUUAUUCAUUUGACUAUCACGGCAAGAAGACUACUCUGCUCCCAUUAACUCCACAAGAAGUUCAGCAAGAUCAGAUCGCUAUUAAGAAGAGCAAAGUGCAAACUACUUCUACAAUCUCUCCAUCUACGAGCCUCAUGAUCACUAAACCAAAGGGCAGUCAACUCCCAAAGAAUUCAAAGAUGUGUUUCCAGAGGAGAAUCCAGGCUUGCCACCAAUACGCGGUAUUGAGCACCAGAUUGAUUUUAUACCCGGAAGUGAACUUCCGAACAAAACCAGCCUAUAGGACCAAUCCUUUGGAAACAAAAGAGCUACAAAAGCAAGUCACUGAGCUCAUGAACAAGGGACACAUUCAUGAAAGCAUGAGUCCAUGCGCAGUACCGGUUUUACUUGUUCUAAAGAAAGAGGGCAGCUGGAGAAUGUAUGUAGAUUUCCGAGCCAUCAAUAAUAUCACGAUGAAGUAUCGACACCCUAUACCUAGAUUAGAUGACAUGCUUGAUGAAUUACAUGGUUCUAGCAUCUUUUCUAAGGUAGAUCUUAAGAGUGGAUAUCACCAGAUUAGAAUGAAAGAGGGUGAUGAAUGGAAAACUGCUUUUAAGACUAAGCAGGGUUUAUACGAAUGGUUAGUCACGCCAUUUGGAUUAACUAAUGCCCCUAGCACGUUUAUGAGACUAAUGAAUCAUGUUCUUAGAGCUUAUAUAGGUCAUUUUGUUGUGGUAUACUUUGAUGACAUUAUAAUCUACAGCAAAAGCUUAGAUGAACAUGUGGAGCAUCUUAGAAAGGUUUUAGAAGUUCUUAGAAAGGAAACCUUGUAUGCGAAUCUAAAGAAAUGCACUUUUGGAACGGAUAACCUUGUCUUUUUAUGUUUUGUUGUGAGUGCAGAUGGAAUCAAGGUUGAUGAGGAAAAGAUAAAGGCAAUCAAAAACUGGCCAAGUCCAAAAUUUGUCAAAGACUUUAGCACUCUAGCAGCGCCCCUCACUGAGGUUAUCAAGAAAAACGUGGGAUUCAAAUGGGAACAAGAUCAAAAAGAAGCAUUUCAAACUUUGAAGGAUAAGCUUACUCAUUCCCCGGUGCUUUCUCUCCCUGACUUUAAUAAAAGUUUUGAGAUAGAAUGUGAUGCCUCAGGAAUUGGUAUUGGUGCUGUUCUUAUACAGGAGAAGAGACCCAUUGCAUUCUUUAGUGAGAAACUUGGAGGAGCUACAAUGAAUUAUCCUACAUAUGACAAGGAGCUUUAUGCGCUUGUGAGAGCCCUUCAAACAUGGCAAAACUAUCUCUGGCCUAAGGAAUUCAUCAUUCACACUGACCAUGAAUCUCUUAAGUACCUUAAGGGCCAACAGAAACUGAACAAAAGACAUGCUAAAUGGAUCAAGUUCAUCGAGACUUUUCCAUAUGUUAUCAAGUACAAGAAAGGUAAAGAUAAUGUGGUGGCUGAUGCAUUAUCUCGCAGAGUUAGUUUAGAUGGGAAGAAAAAGGCAGAGCUAGUCAAAAAGAUCCAUGAGAAGACGCGUAUCAACAUUGAGAACAAGACUAAGUACUAUGCCAAACAUGCUAACAAGAACAGAAAGAAAAUGAUCUUUGAAGAAGGAGACAUGCUGUGA